UAAACCAACAUUCACAAAAAAAAAACCUCUCAAGCUACUUUACAAUCUUAUUUUAAUCUUAUUUGCUUUGUUUCUACUUCUUAGAUUUUUCUUGAUUCAAUAUGGGUGAUCUUCAAAGCGAAGUUGAAAUUCCUCGCUAUUUCUUGUGCCCGAUAUCACUCGAGAUCAUGAAAGACCCGGUAACACUCUCCACGGGCAUCACCUAUGACCGCGAAAGCAUCGAAAACUGGCUGUUUUCACAAAAGAAAGACUUUUGUCCCAUGACCAAACAAGUCGUCGUCGAUAUCGAGCUCACCCCAAACCACACCCUUCGCCGGUUAAUCCAAUCUUGGUGCACCCUCAACGCCUCAUCCGGGGUCGAAAGGUUCCCAACGCCGCGCCUUCCAAUCUCCAAAACCGAGAUUAUGAAACUCAUUAAAGACUCAAAGUCUCCUCAACAACAAAUGAUGAGUUUAAAGAGAUUGAAAACAAUUGUUUUGGAAAAUGAAAAGAAUAAACGGUUAAUGGAAUCAGUUGGAGCAGCUGAUCACUUAUCUAACAUCAUAAGUAACGAAAUUAACGAUAAUAACAGCAUGACGUCAUCAUCACCGGCAGCCGACGAAGCGUUAAGUAUUCUCUACCACCUUAAGCUCUCACCAACUGGUCUUAAAUCUUUGAUCGGAAAGGGUGAUAUGGUGGAGACGUUGACGCGCGUGAUGCAACGCGCCGCCGGUUAUGAGUCACGCGCUUACGCCGUCAUGUUAUUGAAGUCAAUGUUUGAGGUGGCUGAGCCCAUGCAAGUGACGUCACUAAACCCUAAAUUCUUCAUGGAGCUUGUAAACAUCUUGAUGGAUCAAAUCUCUCAAAAAGCUACAAAAGCAACACUAAAGCUACUCAUAAGUGUGUGUCCAUGGGGUCGGAACCGGAUAAAAGCGGCCGAGGUGGGGGCGGUUCAGGUGUUAAUCGACGCGCUUAUGGAUUGUACGGAAAAGAGGACAUCCGAGAUGAUUCUUACGGUGUUGGAUCAGAUUUGUCAGUCAGCCGAAGGGCGUGCGGAGUUGUUGAACCAUGCGGGUGGUUUAGCCGUGGUUUCGAAGAAGAUAUUUCGUGUUUCGAGUGUGGCAAGCGAGAAGGCGGUGAGGAUAUUGUACUCGGUCGCGGUGUUUUCCGGCAACACGCGGGUGGUGCAAGAGAUGUUGGAGUUAGGGGUUGUUGAGAAACUGUUGUUGGUUAUACAAGUGGAUUGUGGAAGCAAGAUGAAGGAGAAAGCAAGGGAGAUUGUGAAGAUGCAUUCUAGGGUUUGGAAGAAAUCUCCUUGUGUCACAUUCAAGUUACAUUAGAA